GUUGUGAGAGAUAAGUGGAAAGUCCCUAACACUGGAAAUCCCCUUAGCCUGCCUGGGCUUUUCCGCAGUCUACAUUAGCUACAUUAAGUUGGAGGACGUGUUCUAUGCUUUGACAGCCUAUAGAGUAAACAUACCAAAAUAUAUAAUUGAUUGUGAAGAAGGCUGAAUGGCGCUGUGUGGACUGCUGCGGUUACCCUGAUUGAAGUGGCAGAGGACUACCCGGAGCAUCCUUAGGGCUUUGUUGGUAGUCUUAGUACCGACAAAUUGCACAGUUCUGCAUUGGUACACGUUACAUCUGGUGAACACCAUGUCCCAGGGACAGAAUUUCCUGCCCAAGUUCCUCUUUGUGAGUAACCUGCUGAAAGCGGUCAAGAUCCGGGAGCGGGUGCCCAACGAUGUGGUGAAGCCGGCAGGCAGUGGAGGCCUGAUGCACCACCUGCGGGGCAUGCACCGGUACACCCUGGAGAUGAUCCGCAUGAGCCAGUUCCCUCAGGCCUUCCAACAGGUCAUCCAGGCGGCCAUCUUGGACAGGGCCAUGCAGAGCUCCCUAGAGCAGGAGAAGAAGCUCAACUGGUGCCGCGAGGUCAAGAAAAUGGUACCACUGAGGACCAAUGGAGAUGGGAACUGUCUUCUCCAUGCUGCCUCUCAGUACAUGCUGGGGGUGCAGGACACAGACCUGGUCCUGAGGAAGGCCUUGCACGGCGUGCUCAAGGAGACCGACACGGGCAACUUUAGAGCCCGUUUCCAGACAGAGCUGCUGCAGUCUCAGGAGUUCACCCAGACUGGCCUGCGUUACAGCACCAUGAAUUGGGAGGAGGAAUGGGAGAAGAUCAUCAAAAUGGCAUCGCCUGUAUCCAGCUGCAACGGGCUGCAGUUUGACUCCCUGGAGGAUAUGCACAUCUUUAUCCUCUCCAACAUCCUCCGCAGGCCCAUCAUCGUCAUCGCAGACCAGGUGCUACGCAGCAUGAAGUCCUGCUCCUCCUUCUCCCCCCUCAACGUGGGGGGCAUCUACCUGCCUCUGCACUGGCCUCCAGGGGAGUGCUACAAGUACCCCAUAGUGCUCGGCUAUGACUCCCAGCACUUUGCCCCCCUCAUCACCAUCAAAGACAGUGGCCCAGAGAUCCGAGCAGUGCCACUGAUCAUCCCGGGCCGCGGGGGCUUUGAGGGGCUCAAGGUGCACUUCCUUAUGGAGAAGGAGCAGACGCAGAAGGAGAGGCUUCUGAAGGACUACCUGAUGCUGAUGGAGAUCCCUGUCAUCGGACUGGGCAACAACACCACACGCAUCAUCAACGCUGCCAGGCUGGAUGAAGGGAAUCUGCCUGAGGACAUGAACCUGAUGGAGGACUACCUCCAGUUGGUCAACCACGAGUAUAAGCGCUGGCAGGAGGACAAGGACCAACUGUGGGCCGCCCAGCCCCAUAGACCACCCCCCUUCUCCGUGUCCCAGCUGUCCCUCAUCGAGAUCCGCUGUGCCACCCCACGGUGCACCUUCUACGUCUCUGUGGACACCCAGCCACACUGCCACGAGUGCUUUGAGAAACGCCAAGGCCAGCCCAACGGGGGGAUAGAGGCCGCCCCUACGAAAGGCGGUGGUCAGGCGUGUGAGCCGGAGUGUAGUAGUAAAGUACGGACCAGUCCCCCUGGCUGCCGGGCGGUGUUAUCCAGCCCGCUCUCCGUCCCUCCCCCGCCCACGGCACCCAGCCUCAGCCUUUACAGUGAAACCCACGCCAUGAAGUGCAAGAAGCCUGGCUGCGAUUUCACCCUCAGGGUGGAGCACAAUGGUCUGUGUGAACACUGCUUUAACACCUGGCAGAAUGCACCCGCUGCUGCUACUGCUGGCCUCUCCGGACCCCCAGCAGGCAACCCCAAGGGCCUCCCCCUGCCUGCCCACCCCAGCUGGCCACAGUGGGAUGCAGGACGGGAGCAGGAGACGGAGAGGUGCAGCGUGUGCCACCAGGAGGCCUUCAGGAUAUUUAACGGCCUGUGCCCUCCCUGCCUCCAGAACACUGCCACAGAGAGGGGCGAGCAGCCCCAGCCGCCAGCAGCAGCCAGGAAAGAGGCCUCUUCUGGGUCGUUAUGGACCCAGCCCCAGCCCAGGGAAUCUGAGCGCUCGGGCACCUCGGCACUCAACAGCCACAUGCCAGGCCUCACCUGGCAGGUGCCCCCGGGCCAGCCCUGUAUGAGGUCGGGAUGCCAGUUCUUCGGGACUCAACAGAAGCUGGGAUUCUGCACCAUCUGCUAUGUUUACUAUCAGACCAACCACCUGGCGACCCCUCCUCCUCCCCCUGCUCCAAUCCAGAGUCGCUACGCGUCAGAGGCAGGCUUCCAGAAUGCUUUGCGCUGUCAGCGCCCGGGCUGUGGGGCCAUGGACAAGACCAUGAUGGAGGGCUACUGUAACGAGUGCUACUUAAAGGAGCAGAGCUCCAGGUUCAACCAGACUGCUACCAGAGUUCCUGGCGCCCACUCCCCUCCACUGGUCAUGCGAACUGCUAAACCAGAACCAGACAGACCCAGACAGACCCAUACCCAGGCAACGUGCAGGCGGAGUGGCUGCAGUAACAUCUCCCCCGGGUGCACAGACCUGUGUCCAGAGUGCCGGGCCACGCGGGGGCAGAGAGAGAGCCGCAGGGAGAGGGCAGGGGCACCUAAAGAGAUGACGAAGCAGCGCUGUAAAACCCAAGGCUGUGACCACUAUGCCAACAUAGAGAAGCAAGGCUACUGUAACGAAUGUGAAUACUUUAAGCAGAUCUACAGGGGGUGAGCCCAAAGGUUUGGGGAAGAUUAAAACGGCCGUGCCACCAUGCUAGUCAAUGCAUCUCUGAAACUAGUGACCCUAAGGCCAGAAGCCCGUUUUAACAUGCGCUCAUGAAGAGCAAAGAGCAGGGGCAGUAGAAAUGGCCAGCAGAAUACCUCUUAGUGCAAUUAUUAUUAUCACAGGUGUACAGGAUGAAAGGUGAGGUAUACGUGUCAGACAAUGGACAACGUGUACAGGAUGAAUCAUGCUGGACUGCUGAUUGUAUCUUGAAAAAAGCGCAAUACGUAAGCUGCUUAAUAAUAUGGCCAAGGAAUUAUCUAUCAAGCAGCUAGCUACCAACACAAUAAUGUGAUAAACUGCAGCUUUUGUUUAAGAACCUCAUCGACCAAAGUUCUCACAAGUGCAAAGUUGUGCCAAAGCCAUCACGCACUUCCAAAAUGAGAGUUUGGUUAGUAGAAAUAUGGUUUAAACAGGAGUAGUUACAGUCUCAAACUGUACCUACCUAGACAGCUAAUGUACAGUAUCUGAGUGAUUGCGAGUGGGAAGGACCCGUAAGUACUGAAUGGUGCUACUUGAACAGAAGUCAAACAUAGAGGUUCUGUGACAUGACAGAGAAAACAGUAGUAAAAACUCAAUCAUAUUCAACCUCUCCCACCGCCACAUAGAUGUCUGCUAGCAGUACAGAUGCUGUUGUGUUCUUGUUCGCUGUUGCCCACUUUUUGUAUCUGUACUGUAGAAAUCCAAGUUAGCACUUGGCCUGAGAGUUGUACCACGUUACAGUAUGUUCUAUAUGUGUUAAUGCUGGGCAAUUACCUUCACACAGACUCCUAGUUAAUGACUUACUUAUAGAGGACAUGAGAGCAGAGUUCAGUUGAUCUCGUCCAAGGGGAUUGCCAGUGAGGAAAGGAGUGUGUGUUUGUAGGUAAGGAAGGAGAACAUAAAGGCAGGAGAAAUCCCUGUAGAGCUCAACACCUCAUUCAGAGGAGGGAGAACAUAAAGGCAGGAGAAAUCCCUGUAGAGCUCAACACCUCAUUCAGAGGAAGGAGAACAUAAAGGCAGGAGAAAUCCCUGUAGAGCUCAACACCUCAUUCAGAGGAGGGAGAACAUAAAGGCAGGAUAAAUCCCUGUAGAGCUCAACACCUCAUUCAGAGGAAGGAGAACAUAAAGGCAGGAGAAAUCCCUGUAGAGCUCAACACCUCAUUCAGAGGAGGGAGAACAUAAAGGCAGGAGAAAUCCCUGUAGAGCUCAACACCUCAUUCAGAGGAGGGAGAACAUAAAGGCAGGAGAAAUCCCUGUAGAGCUCAACACCUCAUUCAGAGGAGGGAGAACAUAAAGGCAGGAGAAAUCCCUGUAGAGCUCAACACCUCAUUCAGAGGAGGGAGAACAUAAAGGCAGGAGAAAUCCCUGUAGAGCUCAACACCUCAUUCAGAGGAGGGAGAACAUAAAGGCAGGAGAAAUCCCUGUAGAGCUCAACACCUCAUUCAGAGGAGGGAGAACAUAAAGGCAGGAGAAAUCCCUGUAGAGCUCAACACCUCAUUCAGAGGAAGGAGAACAUAAAGGCAGGAGAAAUCCCUGUAGAGCUCAACACCUCAUUCAGAGGAGGGAGAAAAUAAAGGCAGGAGAAAUCCCUGUAGAUCUCAACACCUCAUUCAGAGGAAGGAGAACAUAAAGGCAGGAGAAAUCCCUGUAGAGCUCAACACCUCAUUCAGAGGAAGGAGAACAUAAAGGCAGGAGAAAUCCCUGUAGAGCUCAACACCUCAUUCAGAGGAGGGAGAACAUAAAGGCAGGAGAAAUCCCUGUAGAGCUCAACACCUCAUUCAGAGGAGGGAGAACAUAAAGGCAGGAGAAAUCCCUGUAGAGCUCAACACCUCAUUCAGAGGAGGGAGAACAUAAAGGCAGGAGAAAUCCCUGUAGAGCUCAACACCUCAUUCAGAGGAGGGAGAACAUAAAGGCAGGAGAAAUCCCUGUAGAGCUCAACACCUCAUUCAGAGGAGGGAGAACAUAAAGGCAGGAGAAAUCCCUGUAGAGCUCAACACCUCAUUCAGAGGAGGGAGAACAUAAAGGCAGGAGAAAUCCCUGUAGAGCUCAACACCUCAUUCAGAGGAGGGAGAAAAUAAAGGCAGGAGAAAUCCCUGUAGAUCUCAACACCUCAUUCAGAGGAAGGAGAACAUAAAGGCAGGAGAAAUCCCUGUAGAGCUCAACACCUCAUUCAGAGGAAGGAGAACAUAAAGGCAGGAGAAAUCCCUGUAGAGCUCAACACCUCAUUCAGAGGAGGGAG